AUGUCGCAAAGACGCUUUCACACGAAAAGCCGCUACGGCUGUUUACAAUGCAAGCAAACUCGCAAGAAGUGUGAUGAGAACCGGCCUCGAUGCGGCCGAUGCAAGAGAAUAGGACAAGACUGCUCACUGUCCGCCGGAUCUCCAAACUUGGUUUUCAUCUCCAGCAACCUUACGACUCAGCGUCGGAGAUCGCGCGUUGGUAGUCCAGAGUUGCAAUCUGAGAGCGGAUUAGCAACUUCACCUACGACCUCUGGUGGAGAUUUCGCAAAUUCCUCCCCUGAAGAGGUAUCUACUUCACCAUCCUUCACCUCGAUGUCUGAAAGCUCGGCCCCCAACUCGUAUUUUACCGACGCAGAACGAGAUCGACUACGAUUAAUGCAUCAUUACACUUUACACACCGCGCCGACUCUCGGGCAACUUAGCAUCCCGGAAGGCAGAGACCAGACACUCUGGACAGACUUUGCCAUCGAGCUGGCGUUUGAAAACGACCUAGUCCUCCAUGGCCUUCUAAGUCUGAGCGCGCUACACCUAGCGCUAUGUGGCAUCUCCAAACGGAAAAAUACAAUUCUGGCUGUUCACUAUCACGAUAUGGGAUUAGCGUUGUUCCGACUACACCUUUCGAACAUUUCAGAGCAUAAUUAUAAUGCCAUAUUUGCUUUCAAUUGUAUAGUAAUGCUUUAUGCAUUCGGUAUCCAGAGGUGUUCCGAAUCAACCACGAACACAAUCGCAAAGAUCCACCAGAUUCUCACACUCUUCGCUAACGCGAAGACAAUCACCAAGUCUCACAUCGAAACGCUCAGGAGUAGCCCUUGGUCCGUAUUGAUGCUACCAGAGCCAUUUCCAUCCGCAGAUCAGAGACUGUCCGAUGAAGUAGAAACGAUGCUAGCUAAGCUCAUUCAACGUGCUUCGGUUACAGCCACUACAGCGAGUCGAGCGGCGACGUACCUGUCAGCUAUUCAAAGUUUGAGAUACAUUUUCAUUCUCAUGUCCACAAAAAGGCCAGGUCAGGUUGCAUUGGUAAUCUUCACUGUGGCGGCGCCCUCUCAGUUCUGGGAUAUGGUGAAGGAUGGCGACCCAUUGGCAUUGGCAAUAUUGGCCAACUAUGCGGUCAUAUUGUAUUGGCUAAGAGAUAAUAUAUGGCUGGAAGGAUGGGGGAAGGAAACAAUAGAUGCGGUGCAUGAAGCGCUUACACCAGAGUGGUAUGAUUGUAUAUCCUGGGCUCUUGGAAAAACGGAAAGGGUCAUAGGUGCAUCAUGA